GAAAUCUGACCGAAACGCUGCUUUUAAUAUAUUAUAAAUGUUAACACCUUUCUUAUCUAAAUGACCUAAAAAGAGAGAGAGAGCGAUUGCUUUGCGAUCCGCGUUCCCGCGACAGGCCAUGCAAAUCUCAGCAGGCAUGCGCUUUUCGACGUGACAUCUGUCCACGUCCGACUCAAAGUUCAGGUCACGCACUAAAGUUUCAGUGUCUCCUCUGAGAAGACCUGACUCCUGUUCGCACUGAGCACGUCUGAGCGACAGGAUGAGACGCUGGGCCCUCGUCGUGCCCCUCCUGGUGGGCCUGUUGACCCUCAGAGCUGCAGGUCAGGAGGCUGGAAACCCAGAAGCCUCACCACCUCCACCGGGUCCACCCUCUGAUGGCAGCACCCAGGCAGGGGACGAGAGCGAGGACUGGGGGCUGAACUCCCUCCGGGGAGGCUUUGAGGCGGUCAGCGGAUACUUUGACUCCAUGCUGGAGUUCAUGGGCGGAAAAGAUGGAGUGUGCCAGUACCGCUGCAGACAUGGUAAAGCGCCUCUUCCUCGUCCAGGUUACAACAUGCCUGAGCCUGAUGGAUGCAGCUCAUACUUCUUUGGGCUUCCUGUUCCAGACGGGAUGGAUGUGGGAAUCCCAGCGAUGACCAAGUGCUGCAAUCAGCUGGACAUGUGUUACGACACCUGCGGCUCCAACAAGUACCGCUGCGACUCCAAGUUUCGCUGGUGUCUCCACAGCAUCUGCUCGGACCUCAAGAAGAGCCUCGGCUUCGUGUCCAAAGUCGAAGCGUGCGAGACAGUAGCCGACACCUUGUUCAACACAGUGUGGACUCUGGGCUGCAGACCCUACAUGAACAGCCAGAGAGCGGCCUGCUACUGCCCAGGAGAGGAGAAAGAUGAACUGUAAACCAUGGACAUGUUGCUAUUCCACAAGAGCCACGGGAAAGCACAGAGACGCAUCAUAUUUGAUGGUGUAGAGUGUUUAAUAUGCCCAUGACUGCUUGAGUAAUUUAUUUGAACCUUCUUGUCUUUGUUUUCCUAAAAACUAAUUAUUCAGCAAAACGUCAGUAUUGUUUUGAGCGCCAUGUGAGAUGACUUUGUUUCAACAUGAACUCUUAUGGAUCUGUGAAGAGCUUUCAUGUUAUAACCCAUAAAUAAGUGUUAAAUAUGUGCGUAAAAUAAAAAUGUAAAAAUUCAAACAGGAGUUUCAUUUAAUAAACGAUACUUUCCAUUUAUUACCUGGAGCCGUCAGUAACAACAGUCUGAUCUAUUUGAGGUAAAUAAAAGGGGGAAAAGUAAUUAAAAAAAAUGACAUGUUUUUUUCCCCCCUUCUUCAAUUACUCUGAGUACAGUUGAUUUAUUUUCACUGUGUGAACCAAACAAGCUCAACACUGGUAGUGAAACAAUAUGAUCCACCAGGAAGUUUUCCUGUUUUAAGUCUCAACCAGAAAAUUGAAUUUCCUGCCGUUUUUGUAAUGGAAACUGAAAUAUUUUUAACACAAACCUAUAUCCUGAUCGCUUGACAUUUUACUCUCUCUCAUAUGUGAUACUGCCUACAAUCCAGUAUGCACUCAAAGAAGUUAACCCCCUCCACAUCUUUUGCAAAUUUUAAUUUACACUGGAGGAGCACAAUGCCAAAUAUAAACUUACCUCCUUCUGCUGUUAAAUUCAUAAAA